CUAUGCUCUUGUCAGAUAGAAUAAAGCUCACCAUUCAAAAUGGAUUAUGGCCACCAUGACAACCAUUUUAUACAAACAGAGGCAGGGUGCGUUUGUUCAUUCUCUUGCACCUGUACAAAUAACAUUUAUUAGCUCUAUAUGACCAUUAUAAAUGACCGUAAAAGUGUAAAGACUACACAGGAACAUUUGAAUACUAGUCGCCAUCAAAUUUACAGCUGGUUCUGUAACGUUUCAAGGUGUGAAGCUAACUAAUACAGUUAGCUAAGAUAGCUAGCCUCUUAGCCGCUCUGCGAUACGGGAGGUAAAUACUACUCUAAUGUACAUAUCAUGUACUUAGUACCAUGCAAUCUUAAACUGCAUAUUGGGAUUAAAAACGGCAUGUCAUGAGCUCUGUGCCUGCUUAAUGAAACGACAUGGGGAGUAAAAUGCAGCGUUCAGAGGACGAAACUACUCUGCCAAAGACGGCUGUUUUCCUCCGUAAAGCUGAACAUCUGAGACAGCUGGCUGAUAAACAUGGGAAAAAAAGAGUACCGAAUAGCCACGAGAGAGAGACUGGUUUUGCAGAUGGUUGCUGCACCUUGGAUGAGCUUGAGAGGAAACUUAACAAUGAGCUGAAAGCUGAACAAAUGAGAGUGCAGCAGCAACUACAAAAAAUCAGAAAUGCUGUCUACAGAUUCCAGGGGCAGCUGAUCGAUGUGAAGCCAUCUCCUGAUUUGAUAGAAAAAUUAAAAGACAUCAUGAGUGAGAUUGAAUGUUCUGUCAACACUUUCAAAGAAGAACAGCACCAAAGUUUUGAGGAGCUCUUGAAAGAAGAGAGAACUUCUUGGCAGGAGAUAUGUGCCUUAGAGAGAAAGAUCCAUUCUUGGUCAUUGAUUGUGAAAAAGGACAAUGAGCUUCCCAAAGUCAAGCCCAGCUUGGACAACAAAUGGAGGGAGAAGCUUCCUUUGGAGGUGACAGCCGUGGAAGCCUUCCUGCAGCAGACUGGGGGGAAGCUGGGUGGCUGGGAUCAAUAUGACCACCAGAGCUUCCUCAAAGUAUGGACCAAGCACAGUGGAAAACCCUCAUACAGGACGGAAGUUAAGCUUUACUUACCGGGAAAGACUGAUCAGGAGAUUAGACUGCAUGAGCACUGGUAUAUUGAGUUCUGCUGUCUCCAGGACAAAAAGAAAGAGGCCAUUCAGAAAUGGAGAGCGGACAGACAGAGAGCGCGGAUGGCCCGGCUGCAGAGCAGAGACCAGGAGGCCGAGGCCGAGAGGAAGGAUCCCAAAGCUGCUGCUACAGACGCCCGGCGUCUCCGACAGGAGAAGGAGCGCAAGGAGGCGGCCGCCCGCCUGGAGACCUGGAGGAACCGACGGAGGGAGCAGCAGGAGCAGGUGGAGGAGCAAAGGCUCAGGGAAGAGGUGCUCCAGAGGAAAAGGCAAAACGAGGAGCGGCGGAGACAGCUGGAGGUCAAGCUGGCCGUGGAGGCGCAUGUCAGGCAGAAGAAGGAGGAAGAGGAGCUGCGGCUGCUUCAGAAGGAAGCGCAGGAGCGAGUGGAAAUGGAAGAGAGAAAAAGGCUGGCUGCCGAAGGCAUUAGGCGUUUUCAAGAGAGGGAUCUACAUAAAUUAGAGACACAACAGCAGGAGAAACAAGCCAAUGAAGAGGCAGAGUUGGAGCGGCUACAGAAGCUGGCUAAACUAAAAGAGAAGGUUGAGAGUCACAUCAACAGAGACCCUUCAAGACUCUGGAAACCAACCAAAGGAUGGCAAGAACGUACAAAAGAGAUUGGUCCAACAGGGGGUGGACCUGUGUAUCAGAUGUUUCAUAGGGCAGUACCAACAUGGAGACAGGGCCUUUAAACUUCAGUUCAGUCUUUACAAAUGAUCCACUGUAUAGUGUACAAUGUUGGUUAUAUGUUUAUUAUGUAAACAAUGUAAUGUCCCUUUUAUUUGAUUUAAACACCUGUAAUUUAAAGUAUAGUUUUGUAGUUUUUGUAUUUGUAGUAUUUGUGGUUAACUAGUCAUAAACGGAUACAAUGCAGUGGCUUUAGCCACUGUAAAGUUGAGCUGAGUUAUGAAGCUUCAAUGUACUUUACUAUUGUUCUGUUUACUUCAUUGCUUUAACUUGCUGUAUUAGGACCAAUAGCAGCAAACAUUUUGUGUUUUUAUAUUACAUUUGUAAAAAAUGCAUUUGAAGUUGAUAUCUGAAAUGUGUUUGAAAUUUGUCUUGUUGCUUGGUUUCAUGAAGUGUGAUUCAGUUGGGUAUUGAAGGACAAAGGCAAACUUGGCUAUUGGUUUUGGUAGAGGAGAUGCAGGAGGGGAAAGUCUGAGGCACUGUGGUUUUAGUCUACCUCCUUUUGCUUGUUUUACAGUGCUUCAUUUAUCUAAACCCACAUUGAUUGAUUCCUUCAAAUCAGUUGGCUUUCAGUGAUUUGUUCAUGUUCUUAUUAUAAAGAACUACAAUGAGAAGCUAUUUUAGCUCACUGCUUGGUGUAAUAAAUAUAUGAUCACUUUA